AUGCUCAGUACAGAAGAACGUCAAAAACAGUUUGCCAUAGCAGCAUCUAUUAUUGAAAGUGCCUAUCAGAUCGUAUCUGCCUUGUAUCCAAAACAGCGGCCAAUCUUCGACGAGGUUCGUGACGCCUAUUUGAAGAUUAUUAGAAGGAAUACCACAUUACAUGCUGGAAUUAAUCAAGGAGUUACUACUGGUCAAUUGAUUGCACCAUAUAUUUUAGAAAUUCGAAGAAUUGAUAAAAGUGACGAUAGAGCAGUCUACACAUCUACCAAUCAGCCAGGCUAUCAUCGACCGGAUCCAACUCAUUCGAACCAGGGCUUUUUAGGUGUCACUUGGGAAAAUGUCAAACCAUUUCUUUUGAAUUCAGGAACACAAUUUCGUGCUUCAAAUAUUAUUAAUGAAACAGCUACUGCUCGUCUGGAUAGUAAAUAUUUCUACAACUUAUGGCGUCCUAUCGUUGGCAUUCGACAAAGAGCAUCCGGUAAUUCGGCCGAUCUUAAUUGGCUACCAUUGGGAGCACCAGAAAACGAUGCCAGUGAUAGCUCCACUACAGAAUUUUCUUUCUAUGUUUCUGGUCAUGCAACCUUCGGUUUGGCUAUUUUUGAAGUUCUUCGCCGCUUCUAUGAAACAGAUGAUAUUCCAUUCGAAUUUCAUUCGGAUGAAUACAAUGGCAAAACUAUGGACUCAAUUACACGACGGGCACGACCGGCUAGAACACGAAGAUAUCGAUCGUUUACACAAGCAGAAACCGAAAACUUCUUGAGUCGAGUCUAUUUAGGUGUUCAUUGGCGAAUUGAUUAA